GUCAUAGCCUAGGCCUACUAAGAUUCUUUUAUUUAAAACAUUCUACAUGUAUUUUAAUAACUAUUUGUAAGAAUGUUUUCAGUGUGUGAAUGGUGUGUGAGAGGUGUCUUUGUAUCUCAUUGUGUUGUAAAAUGUCCUGUAUUAAUUUUCGUGAAUAAAAAAAAAAAAACUUUUAAAAACUUUGACCUCGUUUCACGGCUAAGACAAUAAAUGUUGACGCACAUGUUUCUCCAGAUUCCCCUAAACAAACCUGAGAGAGGUGUUGAAGUAAAUUAAAAUUGUACAUUUUAUUUCAAAUAAUGCCUUUAUAGAUUCAAUUUGAUUCUUGUUUAAAUUGCAACUGCAAGACGAGCUGACCGCUAAACGAGAGUAUCGAUACGCAACAGAUAUCCUUCCAAAAUGGCUACGAACAGACGGUCGGUGCCAGCUGGAGCCUUUAGAAAAGAUGGCAAAAAGUCAUUGCCAGGUCCAACCAAUGUCCAGGCCGUGAUAUCAGCGAUGAUCAAUAACACUUGUAAGAGAUAUCUCUUCAUCGACACAUCAGCUAAGAUCGGGGCUUACUUAAUAAUCGUAUGUGUAGGAUCCUUGAUUUGCGACUUGUUCCGUCCGCCUCGGAUGUACCUUGCGGAUAAAAAUAGCAUUCUCAACAAAUUUUUCGUGCGUGUUGGGUGGGGAUGGACUUGUGCCAUGUUGGGACUGUUUAUCUUCUUCACCAUGUACAUCAGCUGUGGGGGAGAUCGCCGUAAAAUCGGGAGGCACAUGUCUCGGCUGGCCGUGGGGACUUUCUGGUGGUACAUUUGGACGAACGUGUUCGAAAUCGUAGAGCACCAGUCGGGAUUCUGUUCCAUGAAGGACCUGACAGAUAAACGCACCUGCUACCGCGGCGGCCACAUAUGGAUAGGGUUUGAUAUCUCAGGGCACGCCUUCCUAUUGAUUCAUAACCUGCUAAUGAUCUCCGAGGAGGUGAAGUGUCUCAAGUCAUGGGACAAGGUGCGUCUUGUUAUUCAGAGCGAGGGCGACGAAACCUCCCCCUAUAGGCUAGACGGUGAUACUCUGCAGAAAGUGAAAGAGGGACAUCUACAGUAUAACUAUAUUGUUAAAGGAAUGACAGUGGUACUAACUAUGUUGACUUUACUAUGGGAGGUGAUGCUAGUUAUCACUACGCUGUACUAUCAUACGAUUGCUCAGAAAGUGGUGGGGGCUUUCAUUGCCAUUGGGUGCUGGUUUGUUAGUUAUCAGAUGUGGUAUUUAUCUGACUACUCACCAAAGUUACCCGGUGAAGGAACAAUUAACACUCGGUGACUUCAAACAGUGGGUAGCAUUCACAACUGUUAACAAGUUUUACAAAGGGAAUGUGGACUCUAACUGCUGCUUUAAUUUUACUAAAAAAAUAUUUGGUGCUACCACAUGUAUGUACCACCUUUAAGGGUACCCUGUAUAGAUUUUUUUAAAGAAAGAACACAGCAAAGGUGCAAUCUAUGCAAUUUCACAGAGAUGUACACAUUAUUUAUUAUGUUUGUAUAUGUGUGAGUGCAGGUGUGCAAUUAUGUGUUUGUGUCUAUAUAUAUGUAGCAAAGAUAUACUUAGGGCGCAUUCCCAUAGAUUUUAGAUCGAUCUAUCCCCGUGGGGAGUCUAACUAGAUUUCUAUCAGAUAAUCCAGCUUAAACUAAAUUACCCCUUACUACAAACUGUUAGGGGGUAAUUAAAUUUCAUACCCGCUCGGCUGACAGCUAUUUAGCGUGAACCCCCAGGGAGUUAGGUCAAUCUAGCUGGAUCGAUCUAAUCUCUGGGAAUGGGGUCUUAGUGUAGCGUUUGUUUUAGUUGCCUAUCACAAAAAUGUCUUCAAUUAAAUAAAGGUUCAGGUUCAAUGUCAGCAUUCAAGAAUACAGUGUCACUCUUGCUGUAUUUUUAAUUGAUAUUCUAUGCAGUUUGCAGUAACAGACCCAAAAGAAUAUAUUUUCUAAUCAGAAACUAAAAGAUAACGAGUAAUGAAAAUUCUUAGAAACUGUGUGUAUGAAUUUGAAAAAAUCUGAAAUAUUUAUAACUGGUUAUAACUAGCGCAGUUUGGUAUUAGGGAUUUUGAAACAAGAAUAGUAUGGUCUGUACAAAGAAGAUUCUAGCCUGCAGAUUGAUAGAUCUGUUGUUAACAGAAUCAGAUUUGUUUUGUUUGAAAGAACACACUUAAUGUAAACAAAUAACUGGUGCUGUUUUUGCUGAAUCUAUUACAAUUGACUCGACAUAGUUUUACACUGUAUUAUUAUGCAAGUGAGUACCACAUUUUAAACUGGUAGUUAAUGCCAGUUUUGGUCUCAAAGUUAAGUAUUUUCUUUAUGUGGGUCUGACUAAGAAAUCCAAAGCUGAAAUAUUUAUUCAGUACAAUUAUUUUUGCGUAAUUUCUUCAGUUAUGGUCAUUAUAUGACUAAUAAGAAAAUUGCUUAACGGCAGUUGCAAUAGCUAUAGUUGAAUAUACACAAUUUGCAAUUGAUUACUGUGCUUGCUCUCCCCUUUAAUAUAUUUCUGUGUAGAUACCAAAGAUGUUUUAGUGGCAGAAAUGCCCUUAGACCAGCAAUGUUUGAAUAUUCUAAUCGUAUAAUUGGUAUGAAAUAUUUAACUCAACCUUUUUGGAGUACAAAGAGUAGUGGUUUAGCUGUGGCUGCAGAUGUAGUUUGAAAGCCUAUUUUUAUCAAUAAGAAUUGUACAAUCCAAAUUCAAAAGCAGCUGUUUUCAAAAAGCGCAAUCAUAAGGGUUAAUAUUAAUGAAACUUGUUUUAUUGAUGAAGCAGAAGUAGUGGCAUAGGACGAUUUACAUCAAAUAUAAUCACCAUUGUACACUUUUAUUUCAAAUGCUCAGGUGUGCAAGUACUUACUGUUGGUGAGAUCUGAUAAUUUUUCUUCAUCUUGUGUACUUUAUCAAGUAGACUGUAAUAUCAUGAUAUACUUGAAUAAGUCACAUGAGUUCCACAUAACAUUUUUUAUGUACCUUCACCCUGAAGUUUUUUUUUCACAAAAAUAUGGCUGUGAAAUUUCCAAUUUCAUUUUGCCACUUUCUUAAUUAAGGUACCAAAGAGAAUAAACUUCAAUGGUCUAUAG